GUUCUGUUCUGUCCGUCAAAUCCAACAAACGAAAUAAAGAAAUGUAGGGGACAGGUACAGCGCGGAAGGCAAGGACGGAAGGCAAGGAAGGAAGGAUGAUUUCCUCCUCGUUCACAGCGGGAGGAGUUGGUGUUGGACUACGAACCCAUGAUUCUCCCCCCGUUACAUAUAUCAAACCCCUCCUGACUCCGCCAAUAUUGGAUCAUCGCUGUAACAAUAAUAAAAAAUCCAAAUUCAGAUCAUCGACGAGGAGAUCAGUCAAAGCCCCCCAAACCCAGGCCUUCCUCCUCGUUCCUCAUCCUUUCUCUCAAUCAGAACACACAGCUGCUGCUUCCUCUUCUUCGGUUCUUGGGAUGACCAAUUGCAGCCUCAACACGACCACUAAUCACCUCCGGCAUGUCGAGUCAAUGGCAGUCCUGCCGUCCGGCGCAGGUAAGAUUCCUCGUCUCAACGCCGUCAUUUUGGGUGAAGCUCUUGCUUCCGAAGAGGACGAUCUUGUCUUCCCCAGCGAUGACUUCGCCCGCCAGGCCUUGCUUCCCUCCGCGCAAAAGUACUUGGAAAUGUAUAAAAGGUCCGUGGAAGAUCCUGCUGGAUUUUGGUCUGAUAUUGCUUCCCAGUUCCUCUGGAAAAGCAAGUGGGGAGAUACUGUUUGCUCGGAGAACUUCGACAUACGCAACGGCAAUGUCUACGUGCAGUGGUUUAAAGGUGGGAUCACCAACAUUUGCUACAACUGCCUGGAUAGAAAUGUAGAUUCUGGAAACGGUGAUAAGAUUGCUUUUCACUGGGAAGGCAAUGAGCGGGGUUUCCAUGACUCUCUAACCUACACCCAACUUCUUAGCCAAGUUUGCCAGGUUGCCAACUACUUGAGAGAUAUAGGUGUUAAAAAGGGUGAUGCAGUAGUAAUUUACCUACCAAUGCUUAUGGAACUUCCUAUUGCUAUGCUUGCAUGCGCUCGCAUCGGAGCUGUUCACUCGGUCGUAUUUGCAGGGUUCUCUGCAGAUUCUCUUGCUCAGAGGAUCAUGGACUGCAAACCGAAAGUUGUUUUAACCUGCAAUGCGGUCAAGAGAGGUUCCAAGGUCAUCCAUCUCAAAGACAUAGUUGAUGCUGCACUUAGUGAAUCUGCUAAAAAUGGCAUCUCAGUUGAUGCUUGCUUAACUUAUGAAAAUCGGUCUGCCAUGAUGAGGGAAACCACAAAAUGGCAGGAUGGGAGAGACAUAUGGUGGCAAGAUGUCGUUCCAACAUACUCAACCAUUUGUGAGGUGGAAUGGGUUGAUGCAGAAGAUCCCCUUUUCCUGCUGUACACUAGUGGUAGCACGGGUAAACCAAAGGGUGUUCUCCAUACAACUGGAGGAUAUAUGGUUUACACUGCUACGACUUUCAAGUAUGCGUUUGAUUAUAAACCUUCUGACAUCUACUGGUGCACAGCUGAUUGUGGAUGGAUCACUGGCCACAGCUAUGUGACUUACGGACCUUUGCUCAAUGGCGCUACAGUUGUCAUUUAUGAAGGGGCACCAAAUUAUCCUGAUCCAGGUCGCUGCUGGGAUAUUGUUGACAAAUUCAAAGUGACAAUAUUCUACACUGCCCCCACAUUGGUACGGUCCCUCAUGCGUGAUGGCGAUGCGUACGUGACUCGCUAUUCCCGCAAGUCCUUACGAGUGCUUGGCAGUGUAGGCGAGCCUAUCAAUCCAAGUGCAUGGAGGUGGUUUUUUAAUGUAGUAGGAGAUUCGAGGUGCCCGAUAUCCGACACUUGGUGGCAGACUGAAACCGGUGGCUUCAUGAUUGCUCCUUUACCGGGUGCCUGGCCUCAGAAGCCUGGUUCUGCUACUUUCCCUUUCUUUGGUGUUCAGCCUGUAAUAGUGGAUGAAAAGGGUGUUGAGAUAGAAGGAGAGUGUAGUGGGUAUCUCUGCGUGAAAAGCUCAUGGCCAGGGACGUUUCGAACUCUUUACGGGGAUCAUGAAAGAUACGAAACCACGUACUUCAAGCCAUUCCCUGGUUAUUAUUUUAGCGGUGAUGGCUGCAGCAGGGACAAAGAUGGGUACUACUGGCUUACUGGAAGAGUUGAUGAUGUCAUCAAUGUCAGUGGGCAUCGGAUAGGGACAGCGGAAGUGGAAUCUGCUCUUGUAUCUCAUCCCCAAUGCGCGGAAGCUGCAGUGGUUGGUGUUGAGCAUGAGGUUAAGGGGCAGGGUAUAUAUGCCUUUGUAACCCUUGUGGAUGGCAUUCCUUACAGUGAAGAACUCCGACGAAACCUUAUAACUACUGUGCGGAAUCAGAUAGGACCCUUUGCCGCACCAGAUAGGAUACACUGGGCUCCUGGCCUCCCGAAGACAAGAAGUGGUAAGAUUAUGAGGAGGAUUCUGAGGAAAAUUGCGUCCAGGCAAUUGGAUGAGCUUGGAGACACGAGUACUCUGGCCGAUCCAGGAGUAGUUGAUCAGCUCAUAGCACUUGCUGAUUGCUGAUGUGCAAAACACAAGAACCCGCUUUGAGUUAGUUGAGGGAUUGAUAAUCUUGUAGUUGUGAGUGGUUUAUUGUCGAGCCUGGGCACGGCUCUUUUGGAUCAGUGACACCAGUGAUGUAGAGUUCGGUCUCACACCCCAAGUUUGUGUUGGCUUAGUCGGGGAUGAUCCACAUCACUUCAACGUUCAAACUCCAUGUUGCCAAAACUGUUAAAACAUCGACCGGCCACCUUGAUUUCUUCUUGGCAGCUGAAUGUUUCCAGUAACAAUAAUGGUGGUGACACUUACAGGAAGAUACAUACGGUGAUAGCUUGUACAAUUUUCUUUACGUUUAUGGCAAGGAGAAUCUACUUGUGACAGGUCUGAGAGAAUGGGACAAAAAACGAUUGAUUGGUUCCUUGCUCGGUUUGUCAGAAAUUCUAUCGCACCCAAACCAAACCAAUGUCCAGCUAACAUGAUUCUGAUGCGAAGCAAAGCUACUGGCACUUGAAACAAUGUACAGAUACUCCAAUGUAUAACACUUCCUUUAGAGAAUGCACUGAAGGGACAGAUGCAGCUACAAUCAGAGGCCUACCUCGGAGGCUCGGACAGCAAAAUAUUGUAGGCUCAUCAUAAUUAUUAUGAGUUUAAAAACAGUGCAAAAGGAACAAAAACCGCGUUUACUGUUCUGAGCACUCCUCGUGCCUCGUGGUACACAGCUUUCUGAUUAAACUUAUAUCCACUGGUUGACAUAUUGCAUAUCGGUCUGAGCUCCUAUCCUAGCUAUCUACCUCUAUAUCUGAUCAACCAAGUUCGUCCAGGAAAUGCAUCGCUUAAUCGGAAUCUGCUGCCCGCCAAAAUGAUCUUCUCCUCCAACUCUGCAAGUGUAGUGUAGACAUGCGUGCAUACACCAUUGUGAAUUGUGGGGAGUUGGCAAAGACGAAAAGAGUUUACUUAUGAAUAGGUAAGUAGGCCGGAUCAGAUCAGACCCUGAGAAUCUGGAGCUUGGUAGAGAAGGCAAUAGCAACCCAAUCAGGCUGGGAAGAGGACCACUGCAGCUGCUCAAUUUCGGCGCCCGCUGUAUAAGCAAGAAUGGGAUCGAGUCCGCCCUCAACAGGCUGGCCCAUGGAGGAGAGAUCCCAAAUCAAGGCCUGGGAAUCGUCUCCAGCGGUGCAAAUGUGGCAAGAGCUAUGAGGUGCCCAGGCGAUAGCGUUGACGCUGGCAUGGUGCCGCUGCAACUCAACCACGGGUAGGGUAGGGAAGCGGAUGUCGAGGACGACAACCUUGGCACUGUCCAUGAUGAUAGUGGCCAUGUACCUGGGGUCCUGUUUGUUCCAUCCCAGGCGGACCAAGGGGGUAUCAGGCUCAGAGCUCUCGUAGAUAAUGGUGGAGUGCUCCUUGUCCCGCAAAUCGAAGACCCUGACGGAGCCAUCCGCGGAGACGGAGGCGAAGACGCCGACGCCGCCCCAGGCGAUGUCGUAGACCUCCUUAUCGUGGGCGAUGAGCUGGGUGUCGACUGUUUCGCGCUCUAUGUCCCAGAUGGUGCAGGUGGUGUCGAUGCUGGAGGUGCCAAUUCGCUUGGGCUCGGCCUCGUUCCAGUCAAAGGAGGUGAGAGGGCCGCAAUACUCGCUGUUCUUGUUGCCGUUGAGGAGGCUCUUGAGCUCCACCCGGUCGUCGGAGAUUCGCCAGACGCGGAGGAAGUCGCUGGAGGUGGCCAGGAGGUCCGGCUUCUGGCAGUCCUUGUCAGGGAUGAACAUGGUCUUCGUCGGAGGGAAAGGGUGCUCGAAGGAGAGGUUUUGGUCACAGCGGAUCUCGCCGUUGGAAUCGUCGAGCUGAACAAUCUCAACGCGGUUCUGGUACUGCUCCAUGAGGCUGGCUAUGGCGAGCCGGUACUUCUUGUCGCGGCGGACGCUCCAGUUCAUUGCGUAGAUGUGCCAGGGAGCGUCAUAGGUGUAGAUCUCGGAUCGCUUCUGCUGCUCAUCGGAGCCGCCGUCUUGAUUAGGGUCGCUGCUUGCUCCCAUUCCAAUUCAAUUCCGCCUGACCUACAACAAACAAAUCC